GGGCGGGGCACGUUGGUGACUAAGGCUGGGCUGGAAGGAGUGCUGGACGCUCAGACUGCCUGACUAGGCUGGUUUGAACGUCAGGGCCGUGAAGGUAGGACUGCCUGUCCGGGGCGGCAAGUUCCCUCUCUCCAGCUACCCGCAGUCAUAGCAUGCCCCCCAGAGCCCGGGGAUCCCCAGCCGGGCUUGCUUAGAGAAGACGCGGCUCCCCAGCACUUGGGCCCCGGCGUCCCUGCCCGCUCCUCUGUCGCUGGAGAACGGCGGGGCUGAGCUGUUGGGAGAAGCAGGCCAAAGUCUUCUAGGGCCUUGGGCCCAGGGACCCGAGGAGGAUGAGCUGGCUCUUUCCCCUGACCAAGAGCGCCUCCUCCUCCGCAGCUGGUUCCCCCGGUGGCCUCACCAGCCUCCAACAGCAGAAGCAGCGCCUGAUCGAGUCCCUCCGGAACUCACACUCCAGUAUAGCUGAAAUACAGAAAGAUGUAGAAUACAGGUUGCCAUUCACGGUUAACAACCUGACAAUUAACAUUAAUAUAUUGCUUCCUCCACAGUUUCCUCAGGAAAAACCAGUGAUCAGUGUUUAUCCACCAAUACGACAUCAUUUAAUGGACAAACAAGGAGUAUAUGUUACCUCUCCAUUAGUAAACAAUUUUACAAUGCACUCAGAUCUUGGAAAAAUUGUUCAGAGUCUGUUGGAUGAAUUUUGGAAAAAUCCUCCAGUUUUAGCCCCUUCUUCAACAGCAUUUCCCUAUUUGUAUAGUAACCCAAGUGGAAUGCCUCCUUAUGCUUCUCAGGGUUUUCCAUUUCUGCCUCCAUUCCCCCCACAAGAAGCUAAUAGGAACAUCACAUCUUUACCUGUUGCUGACUCUGUUUCUUCAUCAACAACAAGUUAUUCACCAGCCAAACCUGCUGCACCUUCAUUUGGUGUCCUUACAAAUCUGCCGUUACCUGUUCCCACAACUGACGCUUCAGCACCGAUAAGCCAAAAUGGUUUUGGUUACAAGAUGCCCGAUGUCCCUGAUGCAUUUCCAGAACUCUCAGAACUAAGUGUGUCACAACUUACAGAUAUGAAUGAACAAGAGGAGAUAUUACUAAAACUGUUUCUGACUUUACCUCAACUAAAACAAAUUAUUACUGACAAGGAUGACUUAGUAAAAAAUAUUGAGGAACUUGCAAGAAAAAAUCUCCUUUUGGAGCCCAGCUUGGAAGCCAAAAGGCAGACUGUCUUAGAUAAGUAUGAACUACUCACACAAAUGAAAUCUACUUUUGAAAAGAAGAUGCAAAGGCAGCAUGAACUUAGUGAGAGUUGUAGUGCAAGUGCCUUGCAGGCAAGAUUGAAAGUAGCUGCACAUGAAGCUGAAGAAGAAUCUGAUAAUAUUGCUGAAGAUUUCUUGGAGGGAAAAACUGAAAUAGAUGAUUUUCUCAGUAGCUUCAUGGAAAAGAGAACAAUUUGCCACUGUAGAAGAGCCAAGGAGGAGAAACUUCAGCAGGCAAUGGCAAUGCACAGCCAAUUUCAUGCUCCCCUAUAGAUUUUCCUGAAAACAUGAGCUGCCAACAGAGGGAUGGGACACAAAACUAAGGACAUUUAUAUUUAUGAUUUGCAAAUUGGUAUUUCCUCACAGUGGUUGAAUAUAUAGAUACUCUAUAUAGAUUGUAUACAGAACUGAGACUGAUUUUGUACAGAUUCAAAUGAUUGCUAUGAUCUUUCUUUUGAGAAAUUUUUCUGCACUAUUUGCACUAAAAAUGUUUAUUUAUUGUUGGUAAGUCCUACCAUAUAUAAGUUCCACUGCUCUUCCUCUCAUAUUGAUUAACUAUGCAUGUCAUUUCAGCUGGUUUCAAUAUUUUAUAAAAUUACUUCAUUUACAUUUGUAUUUUUAGUUUUAAAUAGACUCAUUUCUUUAUCCAGAAUUUAUUAUUUAGAUGUUUUUCCUCUUAGCCACUCUUGAAAAAUUAGUAUUUUCAACUGUGGAUGAUUACUUACUUUUUCUUUCUUUUUGGGAGAUAAAAACCUGCAAAUAGAUAUUUGGUUUUAAAUAUUCAUACUGUUAGAAAUACCAGACUUGCCAAUAUGCUGUCUCAAGAAAGUAACUUUUAAUACUUAUAAUAAAUCAAAACAGUAAACCAG